AUGAGAGACUGCUAAAAUACCUCACUUUUUUACAGUUUAUAAAAUCAGCCUUGCCAUGAUGAUAACUAUCAUUAAGCCACACAAAAUUCAAAGAAGAGGAAAUUCAAUGAGAUCAUAGACUUUGAAUCUCAUGAGUAGUCUAACUAAAUCAAAAGGAUGAAGCCAAACUAAGAAGUUUGCGGCUUUGCCUAUAAUGAAUGCCUUAAUGAAUUGUCAACUGAAGAAUAAUACUCAGUGAUUAAUGACCAUCAAGAAUACAUCCAGGAUUAAAUUGAAUCAGUAGAAGGAAUGUGUGAUUAUGAUGAAUUCAGCAGUAGCCAUAAGUUGGAGAUCGAUUCUUACCACUAGAUCAUGCCUUUCUCAGCCUACAAGGAUAAGAUAAACUCCAUUCACAAGGUUGACCUUUCAGAUUCAGGACUUAUUUUUGUAACUAGAGAUACUCAAUAUUUUCAAAAUACUGUGCCUCUUGAAAAAUAAUACCUCAAGAGAGAGUCUUACAUUGCUUAGCAUUUACAUCCAUUUUGUCACUAGUAAAUCUAAAAUAAAUCUUAAAGAAGUUCAGAAAGAAAGUAAAGAAUACUAAAAGACUCAAGAAAGAACAGCAAUAAAGAUUAGGAACUAGUGUAAAAAUAAGUUCUUAAUUCAAAGUUUUCCAAUACUCUCAAUAACGGAUUUCCAUCAUAACAGCAACGUGAAGUCCACUAAUAUGGAUUUCAUUAAGAUAGCCAGCUCAUGGAAUCAAUUUACUAAAGAGGAGUAAUGAGUUGUAUUUACAUGAGAUGA